UUAAUCUAUAGCAAGACUGAGGAAGUUUUGAGACAAAGUUUUUUUUGAAUGUCUAUUAUGCAGGGACUUUCCAAAGGUGUAGAGGUUGAGGUUGAAAUCUAGUACAGAAAGAAAGCUGGAAAUUCAAAGUCGGUUGGGAAAAAGUACGACAAGAUGAAGACUGUGGUUGGAGGAAAGUAUCUCUAUGGUAACAGCAGGUUUUGCCAAGGGAGGAGGAGAGGUGAAGGAAGCUUGCUGCUUCUUUCUGGUGCCUAUUCAGUUGGAUCACAAAUUACAUGACUGACGGGACAGAAUAUUAAUGAAGAGAUUGUGGGCGAGACAGAGAGACUGAUAGAUACAUGGACAGAUGAUGGUAUAUAAUAUGUACACAGAAUGGAUAAUGUGAUUCAUGCUUGACGAGGUGCAUGCUUUAUAAGUGGCUUAGAAUAUGAGGACUGUAUUCAUUAUAUAAUUAAAGGUUUGCCAGCAGGAGAUCUGUUGGUGUUUAUUUUAAUCUGUGUUUACCUAUUUGUGGAGGCCGAACAAAUUGGUGGUAGAUGGAAGAGAGGAAAUGAGAGACACCUGUGCAAAGUCAAAAAGAAAUGAACUCUCUGCAGAGCAGACCUGUCAAUGCUAAUGUGAGUUGUGAUGAAAGAGAGAGAGAGAGCUCUACUGCUCCAUAUCCUCAAGUGUCAUUUUCCCAAAAGCCUCCUUUAGAAGCCCACACUGAUCCUCUUUGUCAUUUGGAUUUGUGAUAUAAUGAUGGACUGGGUUUUUGAAGUGCUUUCCCAAGUGCUCAGCACACUUUAGAUUGUGAUAUUCCGUCAGCACGACCACUACAGAUGGUUAUCAAUGCAUCAGCGCCGGAGCAUUCAGGUGCAGGUCUGUUGCUUUGGUGGCCAAAGUGUUUUUAGUGCCAUAUUUAACCCACCCUGUUAUGUAGGACAAUUUAUGUGCAUCAGCAUUGUCUUUGGAGAGUUGAGGAAUAAUACCAACCAAUUAGUGAUUAAAGGCUAAUUGUGGCUUUAGUUUAGGUUAACACCCCUUCUAUUGUAACACAUUCCACUGAAUACUGGUGAACUGCAGAGGAGUGUGAUUGCCAAUACCAUUUUUUAAACCAUUUAAAUUUUUUCCACGAUACCUAUAAUGUGUCUCCCAAAAAUGUAUAGCUCUUUAAAAUCAAGCACAGAUUCUUUGGAUGAGGUUGCAUUUACGGAUUGGCCCUAAUCUUUAAUGCCUGUGGUGGUUAACAGGAAACCAAGUUGCUGGAAAACCAUGUUUGCAUGACUGAGGUAUUAUUAAUUUAUUGUUGUCAUGACAAUAGGCACAAAAUAUCUCAUGAGAGGAUGGGAUGAAAGAUUAAACUAGAGCAGAUGGUAAAAGGACUGUGAGCUCGUUUUUAGAGAAGAAUCUGUGCCACUACAGGUCUGUGGUUGACUGCUGCCUACAGCCCAUACAGAUGUAGAGCCCAUACAGAUGUAGAGCCCAUACAGAUGUAGAGCCCAUACAGAUGUUUAGCAACACCAUGACUGGGAUGCAACUUCUCUCCACUCUCCUCCUCUUCAACUACUCUGACUCACAGACCAGCACACAUUAUUCAACCAACAGAAACGAGCUCCUCGACUGACUUGGAAGCCAGUGUUGCUCUAAAUAUUACUGUUCUGUUGCUGAUGAGCUCUCCUAAACAUGGAACAUUUCUGAUUGCAGGUAAUUAUAUUGCUUCCUGGAAUGAAACAUGCAUACGUUACAUUUCAAUAACAUCAAUAUGGAAAUGUUCAACAAACACACACAGGCCAGCUCAGUGGUGAAACUGUCGUUCCUGUAGUUGUAAUGAGCUUUUAAAAGUAUAGUUAUUCGUAAUUGCUUUCAGGGAGAUAAUUAUUGCAGAGGAGGGGCCCAGCUGCACGGUCUGUUAGCUCAGCUCAUUAUGGGCAGUCAGCAAGCACUUGAGUCUGAGAGGAAGACAGCCAGAUCUGAGUCCCAUCUGGUGCCUCUGAUGCUAGGAUGGCACCAUGUUACCACCAACUUCACCAGUGGCUGGCUGCUGUGGAAAGUGUCCACAUUGUUAAGUAUACAACACUAAAUCAUGCAGUGUUGUUUGUGCCUCAGCACAUAUAGAUGGAUGAGAUUCAUUAGUGGGGUUGGAGCUCUUAGGAGCAACCAGGAAACAUUAACCAGGGGAAAAAUGCUUCCGUGAAAAUCUUUUAGGAGAUCCCACCAGCAAGGUGAAACCCAUUUCAAUGAUUCAAGGAUAAUUUAUAAUUUAUUGUCAUUAUGCAACAUGGGGUUGCACAAUAAAAUACAGUUGUAGCCCAUUUGCUACACAAGAAAAACAUGACAGACAACAUAAAACAGUAGUGCAUUCCGGAAUUUUUAAAUUUGCGUCAGGAGGAAUGUAACAACAAAACAGUUUUCUGGGCAGAGAAUGUGGCCUACAUCUUAAAAUUAAAAAUUUGACAUCAGGGAAACAUUGUUCAUCAACUUUGACUGUGCUUGAGCACCAAGCAUCAUUGAUGUAAACACAGAGUCCGCCUCCUCUUGUCCCGCCAUGGUCCUGUGCUCUGUCCUGCAGCUUGGUCCGGGAUGGCCUGAUGGAGCCAGGUCUCUGUAAAGAUGUGGCCAAAAAAGUCACUGACCUCCCGUUGCUGGGUUCGCCUGAAUAUUCCUGUGAGUGAACAUUAGUCAGGAGCAGACUGGGUGAUGGAAUAGCCUUAGGUCCUAGCCGGGUUAGCUUAGCUUCCAUCUCUGCUCUCCUCCUUCUUCUUCUUUGGCAGUCGACUUUCGCUUUUGGUGGCGUUUGGUCCAGCAGGUCCGGCUGAGUGUUCGGCUGUGGGCGGUGAUCGUAUCAAGGUCCGCUCCUCAGACGCCAUACGUACUCCAACUACCUUGCCACCUGGUUUCAGAGCAUCAAAUACAAACAGGAUAUUUCCACAUCUCCUCUAAACCAGACAGCCAUUAAUGUGCCUACAGGCUGAAGAGCAGCCAGUUGCUUGAGGAAACUAACCUCAGCUAACACUUUGCUCAUGCCAUCGUCACUCAUGACAAACCGCCUGCUCCUGCCUCAUGUCAUGUUGAUGAAACUGAAGUACCAGGCAGCAGGAUUCUGAUGCAGCUUGGGCACAUUCUGUGUGGCCUGCUGUGUUACUGAACAACUCACCCCUCAAAUGACCCUUGAAGCACAAUGAUUACAUCAGUGACAUUUCUGGGCAAAUAUUAGCAACCACCAGAGACUCGCAAUAUCCGUUGUUCAUCUGCAAUGUCUGCUUAGCUUUGUUUUUUUUGACACAAAUGCUACUGCAUGUGAUCUUCCGGGCAGCAAUGUGAUGGUUCAGAUAGAAUACGCAAUAGAGCACAGUCAAAAAAAACGGAAACAGACAAUGUUACAACAGACAAUAUAUAUGACAAUUUACAAUCAUGCAAAAGUAAAACCACGAAGCAAUCCACUAGAAUCCUUGUGUUAGUUGAGUGUGUUACUGUAGGGAGGAGUGGGUGGUGAGCCUCUGCUUUUAAUAGACAUUCUGCCUCUGUCGCUCAUUCUUCUGCCUACCUCUUGAUCACAAAAGCUGCCAAAUAUAUCCAGCGGUGGUAAAAGAGGCUGUUGUGUGAACACAAGCAGGCUAUUUAUAGACUCUGUUCAGCUACAAUAUGAGUCCAUAUUUGGUCAACACAGUAUGGAUCUCCUGUAAACAAUAUAUUGUAUCUGCUUGUUAUCUGUGGGAUCACGUUGCUGUAUACAAGUCUUCAAGUCUAUAAGUAUUCAGUACUUGAUUGCUAAUUUCUCUUCUUGGUUUCAAAUUCCAAUUGUUUGAAAAAGUCUAAUCUAUACAGUAUGAUUAUUAUAAAAGGUAAGUGUUUUACAUAAGAGCAUUGAGUGAGCCCUUCAGAUUGCACAAGAGCUUGUGCAUAACGGCUGUUUGCCAUCAUGUUUCUCUCCCUGUUCCCCAUCUCCCAUCCUCUCUCCACGCUCUCCUCUCCUACAGAUUAGUGACUACACAUCCAUCAACUCUCUAGAUAAGACUGUCUCCUUUGGAAAAGCCUCAUUAAAAACACAAAACAGCCAGACUUGCUGGACACAUGUUACAGGUAUUACUCUUCACAUGGUAAGAGUUUGUUUGCAGAACAAGCUAAAAUCAGCCAUUUGUUUGUCAGUUUGCCUCUACACUGUAGCUGAGCUGGAAUGUGUGUGUGUGUGUGUGUGUGUGUGUGUGUGUGUGUGUGUGUGUGUGUGUGUGUGUGUGUGUGUGUGUGUGUGUGUGUGUGUUUACUUAUUAUAGUAGUCCACAUCACUCUCUGACUUUUUGUGAAAAUAGGGCCGUCCUUGUGGCAUGGAUCUGUUUAAUUUGUACAGGCUUAGAGUUAGAGAAUACAGUCCUUUGUUACUUCCAUCUAUCUUGUAACCCAUCGUUGACCUAUGUUAUUAAUAGCUAUACAACAUCUGUCUCUUAAAUGUGUUGGAAAUUGGAAAUCUUGUUUCUUAGGAAGGUUGGAUUCCAGUACAAUGUUACCAUUUCUGUUACUGGCUCCAGCCCCAUGCUGGGGCGCCGUGUUGUUGUGAGCUUGUGUCUGCGUACUAACUGUGUGUUAGUUCUACCAUAUACUAAGUGCUGUGUCUGCGUAUCUGUGGCUGUGCUGCCAGCAAUGCUGUUUUCCUGGUUUCCAAUGCUCCUCAGGCCCUGUAAUGCUGUAAUGGCACAUCUAAUUGUAUCAUCAAUCGCUACCAAUGACAUGUGCCACCAAAUAACUGCAGUCUUAUGCACUUGCACACACACUCACACACAAACAAAUAUUACAAGUACAAUGUUACGACAUCCUUAAAGCUACACUGUCAAGGAACGCUGAAAAAAGAAACAUUUACCUUCUUACAUCCAUGGGCCCCAGAUUCAUUAAAUGAUACUAAACUGUCAGAGAAAAGUCCGGUCCAUGCUACGUUCUUGUUUCCAGGUUGAGCAGGAGAUUUCACUUGUCCAGAGGAAGAUGUCUGAUCUUGAGUCGGUGCUGCAGCAGAAGGAUGUAGAGUUGAAGGCCUCAGAGAGCCAGAGGACCAUCCUGGAACAGGACCUGGCAACCUACAUCACAGAAUGCACUAGUCUAAAGCGCAGUUUGGAGCAGGCUCGUAUGGAGGUGUCACAGGAGGACGAUAAAGCUCUGCAGCUCCUGCAUGACAUCCGGGAGCAGAGCAACAAGCUUCAAGAGAUCAAAGAGCAGGAAUAUCAUGCCCAGCUGGAGGAGAUGCGAGUGUCCAUACGACAGCUGGAGGAGGACCUGUCUGCUGCCCGACGCCGCAGCGACCUGUACGAGUCUGAGCUGAAAGAUUCUCGGCAGAACAGCGAGGAAUUGAAGAGGAAGGCUGCGGACUACCAGCAUAGGAUGCAGAAGGUCAAAGAGCAAGGCAAAGCAGAUACAGAGGAGACAAUCACCAAGAUAGAGAAGGCCAGUGCUGAGCAGCAGACCAAGAUCCAGGAUCUUCAAGAGAAGCUUGCCAAGUCGUUAAAGGCCAGUGCUGAGGCUACAGAUCUCCUUCAGAGUAUGAGAGUGGCCAAAGAUCGCAUGGAGCGAGAUCUGGAGAGGCUACAGCACAAAGAAGACUCCAGUGACAGCCUGCGUAGACGCCUACGUGAGACUGAGGAUGGAAGGAAGACUCUUGAGAACCAGGUGAAAAGGCUGGAGAUUGUCGAGCGUCGGGAGACUAAACUAAAGGAGGAGAUCCAGAGCAAGGCCCAGCACAUUCAGCAGAUGGCAGAUAAGAUUCUGGCGCUGGAGGAGAAUCUGCGAGAGACGCAAGCCAUGGCCCAGCGGUUUGAGACUCAUCUGAAGCAGAAGGAGAAGCUUUAUGAAGACAAGAUAAAGGUGUUGGAGGCCCAGAUGAAGGCGGACAUGGCUGAUAAGGAGAUGCUGGAGUCCAGUCAGAGCAAAUAUGAGGAGGAGGUGCGGGAGAAGUGCGGCAUCAUCGGUGAACAGAAGGCGACCAUAAAUGCUAUGGACUCUAAGACGAACAGCCUGGAGCAGAGAAUUGCUGAGCUGUCGGAGGCCAACAAGCUGGCAGCCAACAGCAGUAUCUACACACAGAAAAACAUGAAAGCUCAGGAGGAGAUGAUCUCAGAGCUUCGACAACAGAAGUUCUACCUGGAGUCUCAGGCUGGGAAGUUGGAGGCCCAGAAUGCCAAACUGGAGGAGCAUCUAGAGAAAAUGAGUCAGCAGGAGCAAAGCAAUAAGAGCCGUGUGCUGGAGCAGGAAACUAGGCUCCGAGAGAUUGGGCUGGAGAACGAGGAACAGAAGCUGGAGAUUAAACGUCAGGUUUCAGAUCUGACCCUGUCGCUGCAGGAGCGUGAAUCCCAGAUCAGCAAUCUGCAGGCAGCUCGCCACGCUCUGGAGAACCAACUACGGCAGGCCAAGACCGAGCUGGAGGAGACCACUGCAGAGGCUGAGGAGGAGAUCACUGUACUCCGAGCACACAGAGAUGAGAUACAACGCAAGUUUGAUGCCCUGAGAGACAGCUGUGCAGUAAUCACAGAUCUGGAGGAGCAGCUGACCACACUGGCUCAGGAGAAUGCCGAGCUGAACCGCCAGAACUUCUACCUGUCCAAGCAGCUGGAUGAGGCCUCCGACGAGAGAGAGGACCGGCUGCAUCUCAGCCAGGACGUGGAUAGGCUGCGCCGGGAGGUGGCUGACCGUGAAAUGCACCUGAACAACCAGAAACAGAACCUGGAGACACUGAAGACCACGUGCACCAUGCUGGAGGAGCAGGUUCUGGAGCUGGAGACCCUGAAUGACGAGCUGCUGGAGAAGGAGAGACAGUGGGAAGCCUGGAGGUCAACACUGGAGGACGAGAAGAACCAGGCUGAGAGGAGGACCAGGGACAUCCAGAGAAUGCUGGACACAGAGAAACAGAACAGGCUUCGUUCAGAGCAGCGCAACUCUGAGUCUCGCCAAGCUGUGGAGAAGGCAGUUAAGGAGCACAAAGCUGAGAUCCUGGCCCUACAACAGGCCCUCAAAGACCAGAAACUUAAAGCUGAGGGCCUUGUCGACACUUUCAAUGAUCUGGAGAAGAAGCAUGCCAUGCUGGAGAUGAACGCCCUCGGUUUGCAGCAAAAGCUGGAGAGUGAGAGGGAUCUGAAACAGAGGCUGCUGGAGGAGCAAGAGAAACUGCAGCAGCAGAUGGACGCCCAGAAGACCCACAUCUUCCGUCUGACCCAGGGGCUGCAGGACGCUCUGGACCAGACUGACCUGCUGAAGACUGAAAGGACUGACCUGGAAUACCAGCUGGAGAACAUCCAGCUCCACCUGCAGGCUGUGUACUCCCAUGAGAAGGUGAAAAUGGAGGGGACCAUCACCCAGCAGACCAAGCUCAUAGACUUCCUCCAGGCCCAGGCUCAUGGGGGCUCCAAGAAGAAGAAGGGUCUGUUUGGACGUCGUCGAGAGGACCUGUUGGCUGCCAUGGCUGCUCAGGCUCAGGCUCAGGGUCAGGGUCAGAGUCAAGGCCAGGUCUCCCCUGUGCCCUCCAUCCAGCCGGUGCCUCUGCAAUACAGCGACAUGAAAAUAGCUCUGGACAAAGAGCGCUCCCGUAGCUCUGACCUGGAGGAGGCCCUGCAGAAAAUGAGAGCGGAGCUGCGAUCUCUGAGAGAGGAAGGACUCCAGUAUAAGGAUCAUGGUAACGCUGCAAACCCGGCCUCAGCACGGCAGCAGAUGAUUAUGUCUGCCAUGGUGAAGUCUCCUGAGCACCAGCAGGGUCCGACCAACCUGGCACCCUCCAACUCAGAACGCAGGAAGGUGACUGCAACACCUGAGGAGUUUAGCCGUCGUUUGAAGGACAGUCAGAGAGACAGAGACAGGGAGAGAGAGAGGGUGGUGCACCACAACACCCCUCACCGCUUCACAGUGGGACUCAACAUGAGAGCUGCCAAGUGUACGGUGUGCCUGGAUACUGUGCACUUUGGGCGCCAGGCUGCUACCUGUCUCGAAUGUCACACGUUAUGCCACCCAAAAUGCUCCCCCUGCCUCUCAGCCACGUGUGGCAUGUCCAGCGACUGCUCCCUGCAUCUGCCUGAGGGCCUGUGUCGGGACAAAGGCAGCUCCCCAGGCCAACAGCUGAAAGAGGCCAGCGGACACAUGCACCUGGAGGGCUGGAUGAAACAGCCCAGGAAUGGGAAGCGAGGCCAGGGCUGGGAGAGAACAUACAUGGUCCUGGAUGGGACUAAAGUGUCCAUCUACGAGAUAGAGCCCAGAGAAGAUUCAGUGAAGCCACUGGAAGAGUUUGACCUGUGUUUGUCUGAUGGAGAGGUGGUUGUUCAUGGAGCAGUGGGGGCAUCGGAACUGCCCAACACCGCCAAGUCAGAUGUUCCCUACGUCCUGAAGCUGGAGUCCCGUUGUCACACCCCCUGCUGGCCUGGACAGUUAAUGUACUUCAUGGCUCCCAGUUUCCCAGAUAAACAGCGCUGGGUGGCUGUCAUGGAGUCUGUGGUGGCCGGGGGGCGAGCCUCACGGGAGAAGGCCGAGGCCGACGCAAAGCUGCUCGGAAACUCUCUCCUGAAGCUGGAGGGAGACGAUAGGCUGGACAUCAACUGCACCCUCCCCCUCACAGAUCAGAUAGUUAUGGUGGGCUCUGAAGAGGGUCUGUAUGCCCUGAAUGUUAUCAAGAACUCUCUAACUCACAUCCCUGGCCUGGGAUCAGUCUUUCAGAUCCACAUCAUCAAAGAGCAGGAGAAACUGCUGAUGAUUGUUGGGGACGAGAGGGCGUUGUGUCUGGUGGAGAUUAAGAGAGUGAAGCAGUCUCUGGCUCAGUCCCACCUGCCCAGCCAGUCUGAACUGGCUCCCUAUAUCUUCGAGACGGUGAAGGGCUGCCAUCUGUUUGCUGCAGGGAGAAUAGACAACGGACCUUGUAUAUGUGCUGCUAUGCCCAACAAGAUAACCAUUCUGCGCUACAACGACAAUCUCAACAAAUACUGCAUUCGUAAGGAGAUUGAAACUCUGGAGCCCUGCAGCUGCAUCCAUCUGACCAGCUACAGCAUCAUCAUCGGCACCAACAAGUUCUACGAGAUUGAGAUGAAGCAGUUUGUGCUCGAUGAGUUCCUGGACAAGAACGACGUGUCUCUCGCCUCAGCAGUGUUUGCAGCCUCGUCCCACAGUUUCCCCAUCGCCAUUAUGCAGGUGGCCAGCAGCAUGCAGAAGGAGGAAUACCUGCUGUGUUUUCACGAGUUUGGAGUGUUUGUGGACACGUACGGACGAAGAAGCCGCACUGAGGACAUUAAGUGGAGUCGACUGCCUCUGUCCUUUGCCUACAGAGAGCCCUACCUGUUUCUCACCUACUUCAACUCAUUGGACGUCAUUGAGGUUCAGGGACAUGCUUCUCUUGGUCCUACAGUGUUGGCUCACCUGGACAUCCCCAACCCACGCUACCUUGGCCCAGCCAUCUCCUCUGGGGCCAUUUACCUGGCCUCCUCCUACCAGAACAAACUGCGGGUCAUCUGCUGUAAGGGAAGUCUGAUCAGAGAAACUGGAGAGCUGCAGAGGACCGGCUCCAGCAGAGGCAGUCCCAGUAAGCGAGGCCCACCCACCUACACUGAGCACAUCACCAAGCGUUUGACCUCGGGCCCUGGUAGCCAUGACGGCCUGCAUCGGGAGCCCAGCACUCCACAUCGGUACCGGGAGGGCCGCACCGAGUUCAGACGGGACAAGUCUCCCGCCCGACCGCUGGACAGGGAAAAGUCGCCGGGCAGAGUGCUCGACAGUCGCAGGGAGAGGUCACCUGGGAGGUUCGGAGACAGCAGCCGACUUCAUGCUGGAUCUGUCCGAACACAGCUCGCCCCUGUUAACAAGGUGUGGGAUCAGUCAUCGGUGUGAAUCCAGUUCCACGCUGCUCCUGACUGGAGAUUGAAGAGAAACUAUGGGAAACUCUUGAUCCACCCCUGAGUGCAAGCACACAUACAUGAACACAAACACACGUCACUCAGGCUGAAUGUCGGCCCCAUUGCCUGUACAUAGUGCAGUCUCAGUUCCUCGUCCAAUAGCCCAUAAACCUGCACUGGGAGACGUCUCCUGCGACAAUCCUCUUUUUCUGAUGUGUGCUUUCAUGGGAGAAAUCCCACAGCAGAUUUGGUGGCAGGGAACCUACGCUGAUCUACAGAUCCGAGAUAAUCUACUUUAUGAUAUGUACUCAAAGUUGUAAAUAUUGCUGUCUGAGUUUUUAUAGAGAAAGGGGAAUAGUCGGCUGGUGAAGCCAUGUCUAUUUUUUUUAAAAAUGAGUUUCUAAACACGUCGCAGGGAGAUUAAUGUCGUUGGUUACGAAAUAUAUCAAUAUUUCAUUAGAAUCUGAAGUUCAUGAUGAUAAAGAGGUCUGAGGAGGCAAGACUUUGCACAUGAGAUUGGAUUUGAACAGGAGUUAAACGCUUGUUCUUGUUACAUCUUCUUUCUUUGGAUCAGCCUUUUUAAUAAUAUCUAAUUGCUUUGACAGUCGUCGUCCGGCCAUACUUUGUGAAACAAUUAUUCAGCAAUGUUCUGCUCCAAGUGUUCCUCGUGUUGUUUUGAGCAAACCUAAGAUCAAGAAACGUGCAGCUCUGCCUCCGAUGCCGGACGUCCUGCCGGCCGUCGCUGCCUCCGCUUGCUCCGAGUCCGCUGCUGCUGAUUAUGGUACAGAUGUCCCGUUUCUGUGCAGUGAUUUGAAGUCUAGUAAUCGUCAGGGGUCGUCACUUUCUAGUAUCGUUCCUUUAGAGCCGGUAGGACCACAUCCGUCCGUCACAACAGUGAGCAUGACUAACUUAAAGCAGCACUCGUCGCUUUUCGAUCUGGAUUCUCUCAGUUGUUCUUUUUCCGUUACGUAUUCACUUGAAUUUGCAUUCAAUAAGUAGACGUUGAUGUUAGACAGUAACUUAAGAUUUUCUUGAUUUUUAGAGAUGUAUACUACUACAUGCAUUAAACAUGAUUGAAGUGUC